AAACAAAUCAUUCUCAUUCAGAUCAUCAUUCAUCAGAUGUUUUAGUUCGAAUCAUAACUUCAUUGUGAAAACACGUGUGUUUAUAUUUUAGUGAAUAAACAAUGAAGACGAUAUAUAUAUGGGCGGUGCUCGCCCUGUGUGUUUGUGUGUCUGCUCGGACAACAACACGUCAGCAGUCUACGCCUAUAUCACCACAAAUAACAUCGCUAAAUGAUAAGGAUGCAAGGAUAAAGGCCAAAACACACCCUGCCUUCGCCAAUGCGGGAAAACGGGCUGGUAUAGAAAUGUGGAGAAUUAAUAAUUUCGAACCAGUAAUUGUGCCACAGAAUGACUUUGGUAAAUUCUACAAGGGUGAUUCUUACAUCAUUUUAAAGACGACAGCAGAUAAACGCAACAACCUAUCCUGGGACAUUCACUAUUGGCUUGGCAGUGAAACGUCACAGGACGAAGCCGGGGCGGCGGCCAUUUUGACGGUCGGCCUUGACGAUAAGUUUGACGGUAAAGCAAUACAACACAGAGAAACUAUGGGCCAUGAGAGUCAGCAGUUUUUGGGGUAUUUCACGUCUGCUCUUCGGUACUUGGAUGGCGGCAACCCUUCUGGUUUUAACCACGUCACAACAAACCCGGGUGCUGAAAAACGGAUGUUCCAAGUUAAAGGAAAGAAAAAUAUUAGGGUUAGACAGGUGGACCCAUUAUUCUCUUCAAUGAACAAAGGCGAUGUGUUCAUUCUAGAUGUAGGCAAUGAUGUUCUAAUAUUCGUUGGAGAUAACGCUAGGAACGUGGAAAAAAUCAAGGCUAAUUCCGUGGCCAACCAGAUUAGAGACCAGGAUCAUAAUGGCAGAGCGAAGGUUGAGAUUAUUGAUAAAUUCUCCAGCGACGUGGACGUACAGAAAUUCUUCACAGCCCUCGGUUCAGGCAGUAAGGACGUUUUGCCCGAAGAAAGUGCGGGUGGCGAUGAUCAGGCAUUUGAACGCAAUGAAGAGGACACAGUUACUCUAUCAGAAGUUUCCGACGCGUCUGGUUCAAUAAAAGUGACGCCAUUGAGAAAACCAUACACACAGGAUCAGUUGAAACCUCAGGAAACCUACAUCUUGGAUACAGUCAGCGGUAGCAUAUAUGUUUGGGUUGGAAAGCAGGCAUCACCAAAAGAAAAGUCCGAAGCGAUGGCAAAGGCGCAGCAGUAUUUGACGUCCAAAAACUAUCCUUCUUGGGUGCACGUCGCUAGGAUACCUCAAGGAACUGAGCCGGCGGUUUUCAAACAAUAUUUCACAACAUGGCGCGAUGUUGGCAUGUCACAUAGCCGUCUUGUUCGCUCCAUCGAUUCCUCAUAUUAUCAAAAUUUAGACUCUGACACCAAGAAUCACUUAUAUGAGGUCGAUAUAGAUAGACAGAAUUACAUCACAUUCAACGAAGUUCCCGAUUUCAACCAAGCCGAUUUAUUAAGCACAGAAGUAUAUCUUUUACAAACUCCUCAAACCGUAUACAUUUGGUUUGGGAGAGAAGCAGAACUGUCUAAACGAAAAUCACUUGCUAAUAUUAUAAGAGCAUUUUUAAGAGUUCGCCAUAACUACGGAAUGGAAGACAUGUUGGCUGUUAAACAGGGUUUGGAACCAUCAGCGUUUGUUCAAAUGUUUGCCGAUUGGGAUUCUGACAUGUGGAUGAAAAUCCAACAAUAUGAAGAGGCACGCGAAGCUGUUCUGCGUAAUAAUGAAAUGGAAAAUGACAUAAUAUAGUUGAAGAUUUAGAUCCUUUUAGAGAUGUAUAUUUUUUGUUAACAAUAUUACAAUACCAAAGAUAACUUAUAUUUUUUUUGUUUCAAUAAAGAAAUAAUUAGUAA